AUGUCAAAUCUUGUUCUGUCGUUCUGCUCCAGGUAACACAAAUUAUGAACUAACUGUAGCAAUGUCUGCUGAUGCUCACAGCUAACGUUAGCUAGCCAAAUCGUAUUUAGCUUUCAAUGUUGGCUUUAAAGACGGUAGCUAACUAGCCAUAUACCUACCAAAUAUUAAUUUGUCGGUAUAUUAGCUAGAUCGCAUGUGGCAAUAAUUGUUAAGUUUGCGCUCACAACUUGCAGAUAAAAGCUAGCUAUGCAUAAUUCUGCACUUUUGUUUGGGGCGUAUACAAAUCCCAGAGACCACCCUUGACAACUGUCUGAGACUUUCAGAUAAGCACUAUCUAUAAAAUAAUUUAUAAAACUUAUACAACUGUUUAGCUAAUGCCCUUCCCUUUGGGUGUAACGUGUCCAGUGUUCUAGCGCAAGCAGCAGAGAGUGGCACAUCGGCCAGGAGCAUGCCUUUUCCUCCAUGGCUUUCGCAGGAUUAUAUAUGAGUAUCAGCCACUGGUGGACGCCGUGCUGUGUGUUGUUGGGCUGGAGGAAGGGACAAGCACUGAAGAGAGGUGAGUGUGCGUUAUGUGAUGCUGUGAGUCUGGUUUGUGAUGUGACUGCUAUAGUAAUUUGCACUGACACUCAAGUUCCACAAUGUCAAUCGAUUUGGCAAUGUGUAAGCUUAAACAUCUCUUGUGUAUUUAUCUGUAUUUGUCUUUCUUCUUCUUCUCAUUGGAUUUACAGGAGCCGAAGCCCUGAGGAUGAGGACAGUCUAUGUGGGUCUUUAGUGGAGCUGCUGGAGAAGGAGUCCCAGUCAGCUGUGUUUGAGGAGGGGAUCAGCUAUGCUCUGUUUAAGGUUGCUGAACGGGGACUGGUCUGUGCAGCAGAAGUCCUGCUACGAUAUGGAGCAGAUCUCAACUUUGAGGGUGAGAGGAAUGACUUGUUGUCAUUCAAAUAUUAGGAGACUAUUUGUCUAUAUAUUUUACUGACCUAAAUAUAAUUUUAUUCCCAGACCCUGUGUCUUAUUACAACCCACUGCACAUUGCUGUACUGAGGAGCAGGCCGAGUAUGGUGAGGUUGCUGGCUGGACAUGGAGCUGACAUUGACAAGCGAGAUAGGGUGAGUACAACCGGUAGCAAGAACUUAUAGCUGCAAAACGUAAUACGGUUGUGUCCUUAUUGCAGUGCAUUUCUUGCUCUGUAUACAGAAUGUGUUGUUAUGGCUGUCUGUAACACAGUGUACUGUAUCUUUUGCAGAUCCAUGAAAGUAGCCCUUUGGAUCUCGCUAGUGAAGAGGCAGAGAGACUGCCUUGUAUGCGCACACUGCUGGACAUGGGUGCUGACAUGAAUGCAAGAGAUAAAAAUGGUGAGUUGACAUUUUGACCUGUAUUUACUGUAUAUCCUGUAUUUCAACACUGCCUUUUUGAUCUUGUCCCCAAAGGAAAAUCACCCUUGCUACAUGCCCUAGCUAGCAGUGAUGGACUAACUGUGCAUAACACAGAAAACAUCCGGCUGCUACUCCAGAGAGGUACUGUGCUAUAAAAUAACCUUAAAAAAUCCACUAUGCAGAAAUCGCUCCGCCAUUUCCUGGUUGCAAAAAUUCUAAAAGUUGUUCUAAUUUCAGUUUAUGUGACAAAACAAGCAAGUAUAGUGUAGAGAAUCAUUGUACCAUCUGUGAAAUAUAUUUUCCAUAACCUAAAAUAUUUUAUUUUCAGCUUUUUGAAGCUGAUUGAAACCGAAAGUAAAAGACACACAAACGAAACUUAAGAACGGGAAGCAUAGAAAUAGCACACAUGGAUAGAACAUACAGUGCUAUGAAAAAGUAUUUGCCCCCUUUCUAAUUUUCUCUACUUUUGCAUAUUUGUGAUACUGAAUGUUAUCAGAUCUUCAACCAAAACCUAAUAUUAGAUAAAGGGAACAUAAGUGAACAAAUAACACAACAAUUACAUAUUUAUUUCAUUUAUUUCAUAAACAAAGUUAUGCAACACCCAAUUCCUCUUUGUGAAAAAGUAAUUGCCCCCUUACACUCAAUAACUUACUGUGGAAUGCAGUGUUUGGUUUUCGCCUGGCAUAACGGGACCCAUCUCGUCCAAAAAGUUUGCCAAAAAGCACCUGGAUGAUCAUCAAGACUCUUGGAAGAAUGCUCUAUGGACAGAUGAUUCAAAAGUAUAACUUUUUGGACGACAUGGUUCCAGUAAUGCCUGGCGAAAACCAAACUCUGCAUUCCACAGUAAGAACAUCAUACCAAAGGUCAAGCAUGGUGGUGGUGGUGUGAUGGUUUGGGGAUGCUUUGCUGCCUCAGGACCUGGACGACUUGCCUUAAUAGAAGGAACCAUGAAUUCUGCUCUGUAUCAGAGAAUUCUACAGGAGAAUGUCAGACCAUCCGUCUGUGAGCUGAAGCUGAAGCGAAGCUGGGUCAUGCAGCAAGACAAUGAUCCAAAACACACAAUCAAGUCUACAUGAAAAUGCUAAAAAGCAACAAAUUUGAAGUUUUGGAAUGGCCUAGUCAAAGUCCAGACCUAAUCCCCAAUUGAGAUGUUGUGACAGGACUUGAAACGAGCAGUUCAUGCUUGAAAACCCACACGUCACUGAGUUAAAGAAGUUCUGCAUGGAAGAUUGGGCCAAAAUUCCUCCACAGCGACGUGAGAGACUGAUCAACAACUACAGGAAACAUUUGGUUGGAGUCAUUGCAGCUAAAGGUGGCACAACCAGUUAAUGAGUGUAAGGGGGCAAUUACUUUUUCACACAGGGGAAUUGGGUGUUGCAUAACUUUGUUUAUGAAAUAAAUAUGUAAUUGUUGUGUUAUUUGUUCACUUAUGUUCCCUUUAUCUAAUAUUAGGUUUUGGUUUGAAGAUCUGAUAACAUUCAGUAUCACAAAUAUGCAAAAGUAGAGAAAAUUAGAAAGGGGGCAAAUACUUUUUCAUAGCACUGUAUCUACUGCUUCUUACACUUGCUUUCAAUUAGAAUGACAGAUCUAUAACACACAUUUCUAUGUGAAUUUGGUCAGGUUGCCCAAAAAGUUAGAUAUUGCCGCUUUAAUUUGGAGUAGGCUUAUGGGCAUUUAUCAGUAAGACAGAAAUAUUAAACAUCAACAAGAGCAGGGUAUGUCCAAACGUAUUUAUAUUUAGGAAACGUGUUGUUUGUUCCCCUCCUAAGGUGCAGACGUCCAUGCUGCCACAUUGGAUGGAGAGACGGCUGUAUCCCCGCUGGUCUUUCUGGUGAAGGAGGCUCUGGAGGCCUCUGUGGAGGAUGCAGCUGAGAUCGGCCGCUUCUGUCUGAGGGCCACGCGGCUGCUGCUGGCCUACGGGGCUGACCCCAGCUGCUGCCUUGCCCCCGACGGGGAGGAGGAUGGGGAGCCCUCCCUGACUGUGACCAGCCUGGAGCACUUUGAUCGUCUCUUUCCCCUGGCAGUGCUGCUGCUGCAGAGUGGAGCCUCAUUCCACUGUUCUCGCCACGGAGCCUCCUGCUGGACAGGCUACAAGCUGGUGUUCCAGAGGCUCCAGACGGCCCUGCUGGACUGUUCUGAUGCAGGGCAGGCGGCUGAGCUCCUGGAGCAGGCUGAGGUCCUCCUGGACUUGGCCCGGGUGUCCUCCCCCAGUCUGGCCCUGCCCCUGGACCUGCCUAUGCCAGACCAAGACCCCAAUGCUCAGACAUUGCGGGACCUCCAUCGGCGUGUGGUGGAGCAGGAGACCAGCCCUCCCCCCCUGCGCUGCCUCUGCAGGGCCUUCAUCAGGGGCCACCUGCAGCCCUGGCCCCUGGAUGACAGGGUGAAGGCUCUGCCCUUACCUGACAGACUGAAGGAGUACCUACUUCCUGAACACACCCUGAGCCCCAAGCCAGGAUGGGACUGCUUCAAGCCACAGCAUACCCUACGUUGACGACACAUGUUCUUACACUAUGGCAACUGGGGAUGACACAAGGAUUAAUUGACCUUUUAUUAUUUUGUAAUUAUUUGGUGUUAGGACACCAAUCUAUCAAUGUACUCAGAACCUGCCAUUGAGGCCUUUGUUUUGUUGUUCAAGUGUGUGUGUGUGCGCGCCAAAUCAUACAGACAAAUAAUCUGUAUAUGUUUACUAUCACGAGAUCAAGAUCACUUAUACUCAGACAUUUCUUAAGAAUAAGUUGUGUAACUUCCAUACAUUUGCACUGCUGGAAGGGUGCAGAUAAGUAUUUUUGUUAAAUAUUAACAGAAAAGUUUGGACUUUGUCAUCUGAAUAAAACAAUCAGGAUCAGUUA